AUGUCCAUCACCAAGACGUUCCUCAAGAAUCUGAACGCCCGAGUGACGAUUACCCCUUCACCUGUCACCCUCUCCGAGUCCACCGCGGUCCUGAAGCGACUUCAAUCCUUCGGUCCUGUAACCUCCUUCACAAAAGUCGUUCCUAAGAAUGGCAGCACCGUCAAUGCGGAUAACACCGAUGAAACAGAAGUAGACGUCGUCUUCUCAUCUCCAGAGACCGUCCAGAAAGCCUGCGACGCAAGUCCUUUCACUGUGAUGGUGAGCCAGGAUGUCCCAGAUCCUCACGUUGCCGAUCCUUAUAAUGUACGAAAUCUUCAGUCAAGACGGCAGCCCAAGCCAAAUUCUAUGAGCUGUCGAGUCCGACUCCAAGAGCUGGAUGAUUCUUUGUUUUCUGGACAAAAUAUCCUCUCUAGCGGGUUCUCACCAAGCAACCGGACGAGGCUAUACCAAAGCCUACUCGACGUCAAACCUCCUCCUAAUAUUAUGGACGGGUUGGGUGUGUUGGAGACAGACAGACCAGACAUACUACCGACCGCUCACCUCACAGAAGCACCUCCCAACUUAACGACAAUGUAUAGAUCUCCACCCUCGAGCCAUCGAUCAGGAGGAGAGGAUCGCAAUUGGACUCGUUCUGCGGUCGAAUAUGAUGAAAGAAGUAAAGACAAAUAG